AUGGUAACUAGAAGUAGUAGUCGAAGUAAAUCAUCAACUUCAAUCAAUGGGAAUCUUAAAAAUUCAACGUUGCUGGUAUCAAAUGGUAAUUUAAAAGAUAAAAAAUCAAAUGCUACUGAAAUUUCAAGUAAUAAUAAUAAUAAUAAUAAACGAAAAUCUGAAGAAAUUGAAUCACCACCAACUCCAAAUGGUUCAAAUCAUAGAAAAUCUAAAAGAAUAGCUAAACUAGGGAAUAUACCUAAAUUAUCAGCAAGUCCAGAUAUUAAAGAAUUAUUAUCAAGUCAAAUUAUUUCCGAUAGUGAAGAGAGUCAAAAAGUUGAAGAAAUUACAAUACCAUUUAUUGAACCACAAUUAGCUGCACCUUCUCCAAUAUUUACAGGUCAACCACUAGAAGAGUUUCCUUCUACCAAGGUAAAGAAGGAGUCACUAUGGCCAGCUAAAUUAAGACGUAAAAAAGCGAAAGAAAAUGAUCAAAAUAAUAUAAAUAAUAAUGAUCGAGAAUCAUCCCUUUCAAAUGAUGAUGAAAGUAACAACAAUAUAAAAAUAGAACUCAACUAUAAAUCAAAUUUACAAACACCAAGAACUCAUGAUAUAGUCGAAGAAAGUGAAUUAAGGUCACUGAAUAAUGGCACGGUUCAGCAAUCACCGUCGAGAAAACUAAAAUUAGUCGUUAAAACACCAAAACAACCAGACUCACCAAAUAAAAGUACACCAAUAAAUGCAUUAAAAAAGAUAAAAGUUAUUUCACCAAAGAAAUCACCAAUAAGUUCCAGAUUAUUAGCUCCAAAUACCAAAAUAGAAAAUAACACCAGCUUUAACUUUAAAGAUCUAGAAGAAGAUGAUACUUAUAAAGAUAAUGAUGAUUUUUGUUUUGCAUGUGGAAGACCAGGAGUAUUUAUAUGUUGUGAAACAUGUCCCAAAUCAUUUCAUUUUACAUGUUGUGAUCCACCUUUAGAAGUUCCACCUGAAAAUGAUUGGUAUUGUCAUGAAUGUUUUGCCAAGAGAAACCCGAAAUCAUUACCUAAUUGGAAAGAAAUUGGAAUAUUUGGGAAAUUAUUAAAUGAUUUACAAAUUCGAAACCCAAAAGUAUUUCAAUUACCUAAAAAUUUAAGAGAUGAAACAUUCAUAGGAGUUGAAACUGGUGAUAAUGGUGAUUAUGCUGAUGAUUCUGAAAAACCUGAUUUACCAAAGAAAACUAAUGGCUCACAACAAAUACCAGGUUUUAAUAAAAAUAUUGAUUUAGAAAUUGAGAGUCUCUACAAUGAAAAAGGAGAGCCAUAUCUAUGUCAUAAAUGUGGUGAAUCAGCUCAAAACCAUAAAACUUUAAUAAAAUGUGAUUAUUGUCCAUUAAUUUAUCACGUGGAUUGUCUAGAUUAUCCAAUGUUUGGUCCAAAAACAAUAGGAGAUAAAUGGAGAUGUCCCAAUCAUAUCAAAGAUUUAUUACCAAGAGGACUACCAGAAAUGAGACAAUUUAAAGAUACAGAAAUUUUGGAAAGUUCUUUACAAAGUAAUUUUCUAAAGAUAAUGGCCAUGAAUAAUUUUGUUGUUAAAUUUGAUUCUGAAGAUUUUUAUCGAGAUGGAUCAAAACAUAAAUUAGAAGAAAUUAGAUCUGAUAAUGAUGAAAAAUUUCAAGUUUUAGCAAAUUGGGGUGAUGAUUUAAAUGCAAUUCAUCCGGAGUUUACAGUACCGAAUUAUUUCAGAUCAAAAUCAACUGAAGAUGGAAUCUCAUCAAAAUUGAAAUCAAAACUAUUGAGUAUACCUAAAUCAGAUUCUUCAAAUUUACAAACUUUUAGAAUACCUGAAAAACUGAUAAUACUAGAUUUUAUAAAUAAAUUUGAUAAAAAAUCUGAUGUGCUAGAGCAUAAUUUGGAAUAUGAUUAUCAAAAAAGGAUAGAGGAAAAUCCCCAAGAAUUAGAAUUUGUCAAUGGUGUCAAGUCGUUGAAGCAAGAAUUAAAUUUAGAUGCAUUAUUGAAAGCGGUCAAUUUACAACAACAACAACAACAAAAUGAAGAAGUAGAGAACAAAAAACAACAGAUUCAACAUCAAGAAAAUGGAGAAAGUAAUGGUAAAGUGCUAUCGAAUGAUGAAAUUCAAGAACUUUUAAAAAUCAAAAAGUUAAUGGAAAUAAAAGGUCAAGAUGUUAUACUAAAGUUUCUACAAAAUUAA